GUUGUUUGGACGUGGCAGCCAUGACGUGAUUUUUUGCUUUGACUGCAGAAAAAUUUAAGAAAAUAAAAUUUGUAAAAAUUAAUAUUAAUGCCUUAAAAUAAAUGUGGAAACGACAAUCAGCCAUUGUUCAAUAAAAUUUUGUGCGAGUGUCAAAGAAUCAAUUUGCAGAACGGUGUGCGAAAUGAUUCCAAAGAAAGUGUAGUGGAAAAGUUUUUAGAAAACGCGCCCGCGUUAAAACAAAUAUAUUUGUACAAUUUUGUGUUAAUAUUUCAAGAAAAAAAAAGCAAUUCACGCCACAAUUUUGAUCUAAAAUUCAACAAAAUUAAAAGAACGUCACUGAAAUACUUUGAAAAAUUUUGUAGAUAACGCAACCACAAUAACAAAUCCCUUCAGCUACAGCGUUCAAUUAAAUUUAUAGAAGAGUGAGUGCGAAAGAGAGAGAAACACAGAGAACAGAACAGUUAAAAACAUUAUAUAUUUGGAAAGAAAAUUAACGAAAUUCAUAAUAAAAGAAUCAACCAAUAUAUAACAAGGAGAUUAUUUAUAAAUAUCUGCACAAUUACAAAGAUUGCUCUUCGCUGUAAGUUCAACAGUUUAGCCAGUUGCCCUAAUCUACUCUCCAUCUUAAAAAAGUAUAACUAUUUGCGGAAAUACAGAAAUAUUUUUUUAAACUCUCAAUAAAUAACACCGUAACUGUAAAAGAGAGGAGCACCACCAGGCAGCUAUAUAGAAAGUCCACGUCUACAACAAUAACAACAAUAAUAAUACCAACAAAAACGUCAGUCUCCUCAUUUUACUUUUAAGGAACCACCAACAGAAUUGCUUCCGUACAUUCAGUGAGAUUAUACUUCCUGAUAAAAAGAAAGAAAUUUCAAUAAACUUUCGAUUUUUCUGCAUCGCUGUUAUCGAAUUCUACACAUUCACCAAAUCUCGGAACAAGAACGGACGCAUAUUUUAAGGUUUAUAAAACGGCGAAACAUUGUUACAAUAAAUAUUCCCGUAAAAACCAAAGGAUAUUUAUUUUACGCUCGAUUGACAAAUCCCGAAUACAUCCCUUAGAAAUAUCGUCCGUACAUUAGUUAAAUUACCAUUUACCAAUUAGUGAAUAAGAGGGGAAUUAUUGAAGAAAGUAAAGGAAAAACAUUUGAAAGAAAAAGUAGAAUAAAACAAAAGAAGUUGACGCCGUUGCUUUUGGCUAAGGCGUUAUGACAAAUUCGAUUUCUUCCGCGAAAUGCCCGUCUGUCCUAACGUCUGGCAAAUAUGGAAUGUCUCAGCAUCGCAGUAUUGUCGACAAUUCAAAGGAAUAUAUAUUCGUUAAACUUACUGAUUCAGCGUUUCGAGCCAUCGAAGAAUAUCAACGCAACCUACAGUCGAAAAGACUUGGCCAAGGUCAAUGUGCAAAAAUACAAUUUAUCGGCAAUGCCGGCGUUAUUCACUUUCCGACUGCUGAUGGUGGUGGUGGACCGCCAGACGGUCGUAAAUUCGGUUUCGCUAUUGAUGAUGUGGAGGGUUCAUUGGAAUGUAUACAACAGACGGGUGCAGAACUUGACGUUUUGGGUGCUCUUAACUAUCGUAUGCGUAUUCAUGCCAAUGAUGAUGUAUAUGAUACAACAAGAACGAAAAUGGCCAUUGCCGAGGAAACGGAGAAGAGUAAAUGUAUUCGUGAAAUUAAACCCAAUCAAACGGAUAUUGGACGUAAGGUAAAGCGGCCUGUCUCGGCUGCUUCCCUGCAAGCCUACGCGAACGGCUUAAAUAGUGGUAACAAUAAUGGCAUUAACGGCAGCAGCAGCAGCAACAACAAUGUUAGUUAUUUAGGUGUCAACAGCCACAGUAAUAACAGUAGUAAUAGUCGUAAUAAAUCGCUCAAUAACCAUUCACCCCCAUUCAAUGGAAACAGCAGUGGUUCUUCAUCUCUUUCCUCGUCAAACGUAUCGGCACGAUUAGGGUCUGCAGUUAAUUCACGCUCGUCACCUAAUCCGAUUACGAUGGGCGGUAGUGGUACAACUGGUAGCAACAAUCGUUAUGGUAGUCCUUCAAAUUUGUCUUCUUCCUCCUCAACCUCUUGUUUGCCUUCUUUAAUGACUUCCGCAUCAUCUUUAUCAUCUACAUUAGCAGGAGGAAUUACAACAGGUUACCAAUCGGCCUCAUGUAGGAACUCUCCGCCGCCUAUGGUGGUGGCAAGUCUUCAGAAAAACUCUAAGGGAGGCGGAGGAAAUGGUAGCGGGCGAGGUUCUUUAUUAGGUGUCAAGAGCUCGUCAAGUAAAGGAAGCGGUUCCUCAUCUGGCAACAACAGCAAGUUACCUGAUGUUUCGCGGCGGAAGAUACGUGAACGUCUAAUACAUUUAUUAGCUCUAAAGCCUUUCAAGAAGCCUGAACUUUAUGCUCGCUUGCAAAACGAAGGUCUGGCUCAAAGAGAACGUCAACUUAUCACCAAUAUACUCAAAGACAUAUCGACUUUGUCUCGUGACAAUACUUAUAACCUAAGGCGGAGUCUAUGGAAUGAUGUUGACGAGAAUUGGCCUUAUUUUACAGAGCAAGAGUUACAGCAAUUAAAGAGACGUAAACCACAGAACCUUACGCCACCUAUGAGUUCAGAUGCGGGCAGUUCAACAUCGGGUCAAAGCCCCACAUCAUCAACCCAUACGGGCAGCCCACCGCCACUGGUGGCAGGUGGUACUGUUGUCGGAUGUGGCCUGAAAAGAGCUAGUCUGGAACCAGAUUUAUACGAUGGGGCCUUAUUAAGUGGCGUUCAGCCCAAAAAGCAACGCAUUAGCCAUUAUAAGAAGGAUAUGUUGGGAGGAGGAGGUUUGACUGCGUCAACUUCUGCAGUAAGAGUGCCUGGCAAUACGUACCAACAUCAGAGUCGAAAUUCGUUGGCUUAUUCGCCGCCAAGUUAUAAUAGUGGGGGAAGUAAUGGAAGCAUUAGUAAUCAGGUACAAACGAAUGAUGAAAAUUCGGGAAAUUCUGAUUUAACUUUCAAUGUCCUUAACAAUGUUGAUGAUUUAAUGGCUCAUGCCAGUAUUGGAUAUGGUGGAGUAGGAGGGGACCAACAACAAUCCAUUCAAACACGUAGUAACGGUAGUAGUAAAACCAGUCUUAACAACAAAUUUGCGCCGACAACAAAAAGUAUCACUAGCGGUAGUUUAAAAGAAAAACGUGGCUCUGCUUGCAAUAGCAGUCGGGAGAUAACGACCGCAACGGGUAUACGUCGUAGUAAUAAUUCGCCCACGCCAUAUGCAAAUAAUUUUGUGCCUGAAUCUAAAAGUAAUAGCAGUGACGGUAAUAGCCGCCCGCACGUCUCACAGCAGCUACUGCAUCACAAUUUACAUAAAUCGACCUCAAGCAACAGUGUUUUUGGCCAUAAUAAUAGUCAGCAUGAAGAAACUGUUAACAAUCGCAGCAGGCACCACUCUUCAGGACGUGAUUCUAGUAAACAUUCGAAAUCUACUUCCGCCCUUCAAGGACAAUCACCUCAAAAACAAUGUAGUAAUAACAACAGCAACAAAUAUCAGCAAAACAAUUAUCAGCAACAACAACAACAACAACAGUCUAUGAUGUUGUCAUACACUAAUCAGCAUCUAGUAGAUACGCCACCGCAAGCGCAAUGUACUAUACUAAAUACCCCAUUUGUCACUUAUCGUCAGCCCCAGCAUUCUUCGCCAACGCAACAACAAAUUGAUGCGGCUGCCGACUCUUUCUCCAUGACUACUAACUCUACAACGGAUGCUUCGCGUUACGAUUUUAGCAAUUACACGCCUAUCACCAGCAUUGAACAGCGCCGCCAAUACAAGACUGAAUUUGAAAGUGACUAUGAUGAGUACCGUAAAUUGUUGGGACAAGUGGAUAGCGUGGCGCAACGCUUCCGAGAGAUGGCUGAAAGUUUGAAAAAAGUACGGCAAGGCUGUCAGGACUAUUAUAAAAUAAAAAAUCAAAUUCUAAACGAGUAUCAUCGAGUACGCAAUGAAGAGGCCAUCAAUCGCGAUAAGCAACGAUUUGAUUAUUUGCAUGAGAAAUUGGCUCAUAUUAAGCAAUUGGUUAUGGAUUACGACAAGAAAUUAACUAGUGGGGCUAUACCCCCACCAUCUCAUCCAUCCCAAUCACAAAAAAUGAUGGUAGCAGCUCAACAUGUGGUUGCAGCAAAUCCUUCUCAACAAGUUGCAAACGUUCCGGCGCCUGCGCCAAUAUCAACACAAAUACCAACUGGCGACACUGGUACAACUCUCUCGCCUAUGUUACAAAAUGAAAGUAGUAGUAACCAUUCGACACCGUUAGCUACUAUAAACAAACAAAAAAGCUUACAUCGCACUCAUAAUCGCCAUCAUCAGCAACAGCAGCAACAGCAACCACCACCACCACCACCACAACAACAACAACAACAACAACAGCAGCAGCAGCAGCAACAACAACAACAACAGCAACACUGUCAACAACAUCAUGAACCAGAAACGAUACGCAUAGACCAGCAAUUGUCGCUGCCGACUACUCCCGAUCACUACAGAAAUGACGGUCAGAAUGCUGGCGAACAACAAAAUAAACCUACUCAACCAUCAUCGUAUCAACAGCAGCAAAACCACAAUGAUUCCGAUUCUGAUAGCGACGAUAGUUCAUCUUCAUCAUCAUCGAACGAUGGCUCUGAUGAUGAUGAUGAAGACAAUUCUGACGAUGAUGGCACCGACGAUGAUGACUCAAAUUCCAACUCUAAUGACGAUGACGAAGAUAAUGAUAACGAACAUAAUGCAUGCUACUGACUUUUCUUGUAUAACCUUGAUUUAUAUGUAAAAUAUUGCACAUACAAUAUAUUUUUAAAGUCCCAACCCGUCAUGCAUAAACAUAUAAACUCAAUUUAUCUUUGGGUUCUCUCCUAAGAUAAAGCAAAACAAAAAAGUCCUUUCUUUCUGUAGAAAAAUUAUUUCCCGAAAAGAUUGUUUAUUAUAUUAAAGAGAAAGAAAUGAUAUUCAAUAUAUAUUGAAUGAUUGAUUGAUUGAUUGAUUAAUUAAUUGAUUAGCAAAUCUCUUCUUUGUUCAACAUUAUAAAAUUAAAAAAAAAUUUUUUCAUUUUUCUUUUUUUUUUUUUUUCAAUAUCACUUCGAAAUUGGUUUUCCAUAUUUCUCUGUUUGUUGUUGUUGGCUUAACGAAGUAAAAAUAAAAGUAUUGUCUAAAAUUUUUAUAAUUAAAUUUAAUUUGAAUUUUUUUUUUAAAAAAAGCUCGAGAAACGACUUGUUUUUUUUUUACCCCUCUUGGUGGAUUACGCGUAUAAAAUGUGGGAAACUGACAUGUACUCGUAUUUCAACCAAUUUGUCUUUUGUUGCUACUACAAUUUAAAAAAAAAAAAAAAAAAAA